AUGCUUUCCAGUUCCAGACUAAAAACUGGGCGUAUAAUUAAUUUGGCUGUCUGCACGGUUAAUCAAUGGGCACUUGAUUUUACUGGAAAUAAGGAGAGAAUAGUGAAAACCUGUCGAGAUGCUUACGAAAAAGGUUCAAAAAUUCGUCUUGGACCAGAAUUGGAAAUACCUGGAUAUAAUUGUCUAGAUCAUUUUCAUGAACUUGACACUGAAUUACAUUCGUGGGAAAUUUUAAAAGAAAUUGUUGAUGAAUCGAUUAAAAUGCCAGAUCUAUUAAUCAUCACAGGAAUGCCCAUUCGUUAUAGAUUAGGACUUUACAAUUGUAUGGUUUCUUUGGCAAAUGGACACCUUAUUUUUGUCUAUCCGAAAACUGUUCUGGCAAAUGAUGAUAUUUAUAGAGAAGGAAGGUUUGAAACUGUUCCUUUCGGAAAUGGCUUUAUUGAAUCAAAAGAUGGUGUUAAAAUAGGGUUUGAAAUGUGUGAAGAAAUGUGGACUGCUCGUUCUCCAAGUAAUGACUUGGCAUUACAAGGAGUUGAAAUUAUAUGUAAUUCUAGUGGAAGUCAUCAUGUACUUGGAAAAUCUUAUAAAAGAAUUAAACAAUUAGUUUUGGGGAUUACUUCAAAGCUGGGAGGUGUUUAUAUGUAUUCAAAUCAUCGUGGAAUGGAUGGAGAACGAGUAUAUUUUGAUGGAAUGUCUUCAAUUGCCCAAAAUAAUGAUCUUUAUGCACAUAUACCUCAAUUUGAUUUGGAAGAUACUUGCACUAAAAAUUGUUUAUUAAAUUUGGAUAAAACGACUGUUUAUCGUGGAAAUAUUGCUAGUACUUGUCAAGAGUCAAGUCGUUCCGGAGAUAUGCCAAUAGUUACUUUUGAUGCAAUCCUUUUAAAUUCGAAUACAAUAAAUCAGCAACUUUCACUUCCAAUCGAAGUUAAACCUUUAAGUGAUGUAGAGGAACUUUGUCAUGCCCCAGCUGCAUGGAUGUGGCAUUAUUUGAGAAGAAGUAAACAGAGCGGCUUUUUCCUUCCUCUAUCUGGUGGUCAAGACAGUUCUUCCGUUGCAUUAAUGGUUAGACUAAUGUGUGAAAAAAUUUGUGAAGCUGUUAGAUUAAAUCCAGAUUCAAACGAUCCUGCCUAUUUUUUGGAAGGAAAAAAAGUUAAUUCUGACCCUUCUUUGUUGUGUAAACAAAUUCUUUUUACUUGUUAUAUGGGUUCGAGAAAUUCUUCACAAAUGACGAGAGAUUUGGCUGCUGGUUUAGCAAAAGAUAUUAAUGCAAACCAUUCGAAUAUUGUUAUUGAUUCAAUUGUUGAUAGUUGUUUACAAACACUUAAUUUUACUCCACAAUAUGAGUCCCCAGAUAAAAGAGAAGGCAUCGCUUUACAAAAUUUACAAGCUAGAACAAGAAUGUUAUUGGCAUAUUCACAUGCACAAACAGAUUUAAUAACACAAGGACGUACUGGAAAUUUACUUGUGCUUGGUGCUUCGAAUGUGGAUGAAAGUUUGGUUGGGUAUGUCACUAAAUAUGAUUGUUCUUCAGCAGAUUUAAAUCCAAUUGGAGCAAUUUCAAAACAUGAUUUGAGAAAAUUUCUUCAAUAUGUUAAUUCUACACAUAAAUUUGUUCAUUUACAAGGAAUUAUAGAUUCAGUCCCUACAGCAGAAUUACGACCUUUAAAAAACGGACAAAUAGUUCAAACAGAUGAAGAAGAUAUUGGAUUAACAUACAACGAAUUGUCUGAAUUUGGAAAAUUGAGAAAACCAGAAAAUUUGGGCCCUGUUGGAAUAUUUAAAAAUUUGUUGAAUUUUUGGAAUGAAAAAUAUAAUAAUGAACAGAUUGCCCAGAAGGUGGAAAUAUUUUUUAGACGGUAUACUAUUAAUAGACAUAAGGCAACGAUUGCUACUCCAGCUUAUCACGCAAAUACAUACAGCAAUGAUGACCACAGAAAUGAUCAUAGGCCAUUUUUAUAUCCAGAUUUUACUCACCAAUUUAAUAAAAUACGUGAAUUUGUUAAAGAAUUAAAUAUUAAAAAAUAA